GGUCUCGUCAAAGUUACAAAAAAUAAGGCGUACUUCAAGCGGUUCCAAGUGAAGUUUCGAAGGCGUCGUGAGGGAAAAACCGAUUACUAUGCCCGCAAACGACUCAUUUGGCAGGAUAAAAAUAAAUACAACACCCCUAAAUAUAGAUUUGUUGUCCGCUUUACCAACAAGGAUAUUGUCUGUCAGGUCGUCUAUGCCUGUAUGGAUGGUGAUCGCGUCGUGUGCAGCGCAUAUUCUCACGAGUUACCACGAUAUGGCGUGAAGGUUGGUCUCACAAAUUAUGCCGCAUCCUAUUGCACUGGUCUUCUUCUUGCUCGCCGAGUGUUGCAAAAGCUAAAACUGGAUAAGCUAUACGAAGGCCAAAAAGAGGCUGAUGGCAAAGAAUACCUUGUCGAAAAGAUCGAGAAGCAGCGGGGUCCGUUUAGAUGUUUUCUCGAUGUUGGCCUCCGUCGCACAUCUACUGGCGCCAAUAUUUUUGGAGCUCUUAAGGGCGCUGUCGAUGGUGGUCUGAACAUCCCUCACAGUCCUUCACGUUUCCCUGGUAACAACUCCGAAUCUGGGGAAUACGAUGCGGAGGCUCAUCGCGCUCGUAUCCUUGGUCAGCACGUAGCUGAGUACAUGCGAUCACUGAAGGAAGAAAAUGAGGAGGCCUAUAAAAGGCAAUUUAGCUGCUACUUAAAGCAUGGCGUCACAGAGGACUCUAUUGAGGCCAUGUAUCAAAACGCGCAUGCUGCUAUCAGAAAAGACCCUUCGUAUGUUAAGGCUGAAAAGAAGGACGUGAAAGUCCGUCGCUUCAACAGAAAGAAGAUGACCAUCAAGGAGCGCAGGGAGCGUAUACGGCAGAAGAAAGCACAUUACCUCUCUCAGCUGCAAACCGAGUUGGCUGUUGUCGGAGAAUAA